AUGUCUGAGGGAACUUACCAGCGCCUCUGGGAGGCCUCCCAUGUGACCCUGCAGGAGCUGCUGGACCAAGAGCAGCCCCUGCUUGAAGCUGUGCCCAACCGGGACCGGCAGUCCUUCCAGCAUAGACUCUCAGUGUUCUACCUGUACUACCUGGGGCUGCUGCGCCGUUUCGACACCAUCUAUGACCAGAUGGUUCAGCCACAGAAGCGCCGGUUGCUGCGGCGGCUGCUGGAUGGCGUGGCGGGUCGUGUGCUGGAGAUCAAGGAUGAGCUGGUUCGUGUUGACCUAUGUGAGACCCACUGCCUGGACCGCGUGCUACAGGAUCUCAAGCUGACCCCAGCAGACUUGGAGGUUCCAAUUCCCAAAUACUUCCAGCUGGAGCAGUACGCAGCCAUGAAGGAGCGCAAGCUGAUCUUGGCUGAGAUCCUGUCCAGAAUGGAGCCAGAGCACCCCACGGAGACCUUCACAGGAAUCAACCGGACUGACGCCAUAAUUCUAAUACAAACUUCUGAGCGAGCCAGGCAAGGCCGCCUCAGAGCCACCUUCAUGCAAGAGAUCCAGAGAGAGGAGGAGCGGGAUCGGAAGAUUCGGGAGGAAGGGCAUCAGAGGUUCACUCAGGACCAGAGUGCUGUCAUUAUACAGAAGGUAUGGAAAGGCCAUCAGCAGAGGAAACGCACCCAGCAGGACCGGCUCGCAGAGAUGGAGUUCAUCGGCAUGCUCCCCUCCACCAACCAGGCGGAGCGCUUUCGAAUCAUGUCCCGGGCCAAACUCAGGGAGGAAACGCGGAGGUUGCGCCAGGUGGAAAAGGAGGAGCAGUUUCGGCUGGCCAUGGAGAAGACCCCCGAGGCUCUCAGAGAGGUGGAAGGGCCUGACCUGAAGGAGAAAAUGAAGGACCAAAUCCGACAGUGGUUUAUUGAGUGCCAGUCAGUGUCCACAGCCCCUGAAAGAGAAGGAGAAAAAGACCAGGGUGAUCUGUGGCAGAACCGACCUGAGAGCAAACACCCAGACCAGAACUUUGACUCUGAGACCCUCCGGAAGGAAAAGAGGAAGGAAGUGGAGCUGGAGAUCCGGAUUCAGGUGGACGAGCUGAUGCGUCAGGAGCUGAAGAACUUGCGUCUGGCUGUGGACAAGGAGGAGGAGAGACCCUUGAAAGCUCCAAAGGCAAAAAAGCCUGGAACUAAAAUUGGAAAGAAGAAGGGAAAAGAUCUGACCCAAGACAGAACUGUGAACUCGCUGUAUGAAGAGCUUGUCUUUUUUGGCCUUCUAAAGAAGAGUGUGGCAGUGGCGUUGAAAGACUAUGUUGGUGACUGCCUCUAUCUUGGGUCUGCUCUGUGUUUGGCCAACAAGUUGCCCAUGCCCUCUCUGUUUGACAUAAGACAGAACAUGGCCUUGUAUGGCGUCCUUCGGCUGGGCUCCCCAGAUGUCCACUCCAUGGCUCCCCUCAUCCGCUCCAUCCUUCUGGUGGGCCCCUCUGGCAUGGGGAAGAAGAUGCUGGUUCAGGCUGUGUGCACAGAAACUGGUGCCAACCUGUUUGGCCUGUCACCCAGCAACCUUCAGGGCAAAUAUCCUGGCAAGAGUGGGGCGCAGUUGAUGAUUCACAUGGUCUUCAAGGUGGCCCGGCUCCUACAGCCCUCUGUGAUCUGGAUUGGAGAUGCUGAGAAGACUUUCUAUAAGAAGAUCCCCAAGGAAGAGAGGAAGAUGGAACCAAAGCGAAUAAAGAAGGACCUCACGAGGGCCUUGCGGCUGCUGAAUCCCGGAGACCGCGUGAUGCUCAUAGGGACCACAGACCGGCCACAGCUGGCUGAGAUAAAGGGGCUGUGCCGGAUGUAUGAGCGGAUCCUCCUGGUGCCACGGCCGGAUUAUGCUUCUCGCUAUGUGCUCUGGAAGCACAUGAUAGAAGCCCGGGGAGCUCAGGUGACCCAGAGCCUGGACAUCAGUGCCCUAGCCAAGGUGUCCGAUGGCUAUACGACCGGUCACAUUUUCCAAGCCACCCACUCGGUGCUGAAUGAACGGCGGCUCCUGCAACUGUCCAAGAGGCCCCUGGUGGCCUCAGAGUUCUUGGGCCAUCUGGCGAAGCUAGAUCCAGUGUACAGGGAGGAGGAAGAGUCCCUGAAGAUGCCUGUCUUCCAGAGAGCCCUGGAGGAGUGCCUCACACUUGGGGCAUCUCUGCUGCUUGUCACUACUGAGUUCCUUCCCUUGGAUUUGGGAGUGGAAUUUUCAGGACUCAUGAGUGACUUUUGA